UCGCGUCGCGCUGGAAGCAGGCUGCAGCCGCUCGCGCGCAUAGUCGCGCCCCUCGCCCGCGGUGGCUCGUGCAGCUCCUUGCGCACCUGCGUCGCCGCGCCCCCUCCCCCCGGGACCCGAGGCGGGCGGCGAGCGGCCGAGGCACCCCCCCAGUGGGGCGGCCGGGGUGCGGGUCUGGCGGGCGUGCGCGGGUCCCCGGCAGUUGGACCCUGCGGCGGCGGCGGCAUGGCGGGGCUGAGGAGGCGAGGGGCCGGGCCGAGCAGCGGGAGUGCCGGCGACAAGGAUGUAGUUUUGGGUGAAAGAUGUGGUGAUCUAGAUCUCAGAAAUGAUUCAGAUAUUCCAGAAGUGUCCCCGUCAACAGACAGCACUCCAGAAAUUCUCAAGAAAGCUCUAUCCGGCUUGUCUUCCAGAUGGAAAAACUGGUGGAUUCGUGGAAUUUUAACGUUAGCUAUGAUAUCAUUAUUUUUCCUGAUCAUAUAUCUUGGAUCAUUUAUGCUGAUGCUUCUUGUCUUGAGCAUUCAAGUAAAGUGUUUCCAUGAAAUUAUUACUAUAGGCUACAGAGUCUAUCAUUCCUAUGAAUUACCAUGGUUUAGAUCCUUAAGCUGGUACUUUUUGUUGUGUGUGAACUAUUUUUUCUAUGGAGAGACAGUGGCAGAUUACUUCGCUACUUUUGUUCAGAGAAGAGAGCAACUUCAAUUCCUAAUUCGCUACCACAGGUUUAUAUCUUUUACACUCUACUUGACAGGUUUCUGCAUGUUUGUACUGAGCUUAGUGAAGAGACAUUAUCGCCUGCAGUUCUACAUGUUCGCAUGGACUCAUGUCACUUUGCUGAUCACUGUAACUCAGUCUCAUCUUGUCAUCCAAAAUCUGUUUGAAGGCAUGAUCUGGUUUCUGGUGCCAAUCUCAAGUGUUAUCUGCAAUGAUAUUACUGCUUACAUUUUUGGAUUCUUCUUUGGGAGAACUCCAUUAAUUAAGCUGUCUCCUAAAAAGACCUGGGAAGGGUUCAUUGGAGGUUUCUUUUCCACUGUUGCAUUUGGAUUUAUUUUUGCCUACCUUUUGGCUCAGUAUCAGUAUUUUGUAUGUCCAGUGGAAUACAAUAGUGAAACAAACAGAUUUGUUACAGAGUGUGCACCAUCAGAGCUCUUCCAGAUACAGAGCUACUCUGUACCAGCAUUGCUGCAGGCUGUGUUGGGAAGGGAAACAAUCAAUAUGUACCCAUUCCAGAUACACAGCAUUGCUUUGUCAACAUUUGCAUCUUUAAUUGGGCCAUUUGGAGGCUUUUUUGCUAGUGGAUUCAAAAGGGCUUUCAAAAUCAAGGAUUUUGCAGACACUAUUCCUGGCCAUGGCGGAAUAAUGGAUCGCUUUGAUUGUCAGUACUUGAUGGCUACUUUUGUUCAUGUGUAUAUCACCAGUUUCAUAAGGGGUCCAAAUCCCAGCAAAUUACUGCAACAACUUUUGGUACUUCAGCCAGAACAGCAACUAAAUGUAUACAAAAUCCUGAAAUCUCAUCUAAUUGAAAAAGGGAUCCUUCAGCCAUCACUGAGAGGAUAGUUGGACUGAAUGGUGCACUACAAAAAAGCCCCAAAACCUACCAGAAAAGCACUGAAAAAAACAAGUUACAACUUUGCAUAGUAAUAGUGGUUGAACAAGAAGUAGAUAGUAGUUUUGAAGACAUAAAUGUUUCUUUCCUGAAACUACUGUGAACAUUUAAUAAGACACAUAUAAAAUUUAAGUUUGCUUGUAAAAUAACUGUUUAUUUAACGUGUAUUUUAGUUUCUGAAGUUGAUGGUGUGAGCUCUCCGGUAUCCAGCCUGACAGGUUAAAUAGUUUUUAAAAUAACUAUUCCUUUUCAGCAGUUUUAUAUCACAAUAACUAAACUGAGGAAAUGUUAAGAUUGUACUGGCACUGUGCAAUUUUUAAAGCAACUUUUAAUGUAUCAUCAGUACAGUUGUUGCUUUUAAUGCAAGUUUUAUAGUACUACAUAUCUUAGCAAUAAUUCCGUCAUACUUCGUCUCAAAUGGUUAUUGAAGAAUAACCAAACUGCAGUAAAGAGAUGCUGUUUUAUCUACUGUGCAACUGAUUACAUCACUUGCCAGAAAACAGUCUGCCUUGAGAGUUGCUCAGAAAAUUGAGGCUGGAAUUUAGAAUCGAAUAUAUCAGGGUUACUGCUGGAUUUGUACCAUUACUGUUUUACUGCAAAUGACUAAGGUUAGCAAAGUUUCUAGUUAAUGGCUUUGAAAAAAAUUCUCUAAUGAAAUCAGUGGGUCAUUGCAAGAUAAAGUCACCUUUACUGUUGAGGUGCCCUGGCAGUAGUCUCCUCUUCUGGAAGAAUCCUUCUGGAUUACAAAACCACAUUCAUGCAGCCAGAGCUAGAGUGGAGAUUAACCAACAGAUAGGGUUCUCCAGUCCAGCAAAUGGACAUCAACAAUCCUAGAUUCACAUCCCAAUGAUUGGUCACUCUCUGAUAUGAGCUCAUUCUAGCCUUAUUCCUUGUGCCUCGGGUUUUUUUCAUCUGUAAAAUGGUGAUAUUUCCCUCCUUUAUAAAGCACUUCGAGACUCUUGGAUGAAAAGUACACUAUAAGUGCUUGCUUACUUAAUAUUUUUAUUAUUAUUAUUCCCCUGAAAGCAGUCACUGUUAUCUGACUGACCACAUGCCCAAAGUUCCAGGUGGAGAUGGUGAAUGGUUCUUCUGCCAUCUGUUAUCAACAGUUGAGUAACUCUAGCUUCUCAAGUAAGUUUGGGUAACAAUGUAAGGAUUCAGCUGAGAAAUAUAUAUACUUUAUAGACAGCUGCUCUUUCAGUAGACUUAAUUAAGUAUGUAUGUGUGAAAACAGUUGACACUGUAAAAUGGUUAAAGUUAGCUAUUUUCUAAUUCCAUUUUAGAUAAUAUUCUUUUUAUCAUGUAAUAAAAUCUUAGUGGAAAUGAAAAUAAUGUUUUUUUUUUUAAACAAAUGGAAAUUAUUUUGUUCCCAUAAUGUACAAAAGCACAUGAAUGCCAAAAAGUUUCUUUUGGUGUACUAGAGACUCUAACUUGAUAAAAUUUAAUUCCCCCAAUCCUAAUGUAAAUAGGCUUCUGCACUCUGAGUGCACUCUGACUGUAUUAUUUUUGUGAGGGGUUAAAGAUGAGAAUAGCUUGGUGCUACUUGAAAAAACAAUGUAGAAAGCAGAUAGAGAUGUUAACAAGCUUUAUGCUUGUAGAAUUCAAAUUUUUUGUUUACAUUAGAAUAGAAUCUGAGACCACUGUAUAUUCUGUUUCAGGAUUAUAUACUAAUUGCAUUUAGGCCAGGGUAAUCUGUAUAUAAUCUGUAAAUAGUAAAAUAGUCUUAUAUACUGUUAUAAAAGAGAGAUGUUUGUUCUAAUUCCAAAAUAAAGUUUCCAUUCAGUGGUAAUGUAAACAUUAAAUAGCUGAGGGAACAAGUUAGUAUUACAUUUUUAUAUUCUACUGUAAAAGUACGGUACUUCUGUCAAAAAAAAAAAAUCUUAUAGAGCAAGAAAUCAGCUUUAAAAUCAUAAUGCUAGCAAAUUGUCUUCCAGUAGUGAUUAGCUGUGCUUCCUGACUCCCAAUUUAAUGUUUGUUUUUAAUAAAUAAUAAUAAUAAUAAUACUGAAACUAAGCACAUAUAGGACUCUUUAACUUGAAAACACAACACAACCUGAAGGUUAACAGAUAGCACAGCCAAAAUUAUGAGCUAUGGAAAGAUGCUAGUAAGCAGCUCUAAAAAAUGUUGAAAGGAGGUAGCGUUUGUUGAAGCAGGAAAGGGUGAUGAAAAAUCAUCUAUAAACACUGAAAUAAGGCUUUAGUUAGGUAACGAUAUUUUGGUAGAUUCUUCCAAUAAGACACACAGCCUUGCUAGAGUUGGGUGUAAAUUUAUCCUUUAGGUAUGAGAUUAUAUUUAAUUUUAACAUAAAUAAAAUGUUUGAACUCCUUUUAGUGUAAUUUUUAUAUGAUGUAAUUAAGUUGAAUAUAUUGUAGCAUUGAGUAUGGUGAACCAUUUGAAGUUGAUGGAUCUUUAUUUUCAUUGUAAAAAGGACAAAAUUACAACAAAAAAUCAUUUUCAGAAGCAUUAAUGGUUAACCACUUACUCUACUGUUGUAAAUUUGUUAUCGCUUACUCUGGUAGGCCCUGAUGUAAGUCUUUGCAGGAUUAGGUCCUUAAUUUUUCAUUUGUGAAAUGCCAGAAAUAUUUCCUCUCACUGUUCAAUGCUCCCCCCCUGCCUACCCUCCCGUUUCUUAUGUAUUAGUUCCAUAAAUAUAGUCAUACGGCUUGAAUUGAAAAGUCUAAAUUUUACACCAAUGAUUUCUUGUCACUUUGCAGUUCUGUUGGGCAAGGCCGUUGUAAUUAUCUUGUUCAGAAAAACAAAUAUAGAAACAAUGUAUAUACUGUAAAUGGUAUUAUCAUAUUAUGUGUGUUUUAAUUGUUUCAAUCUUUUAUUAAAGCUACGAUUGGGAAAAUAAAGCUGGGACAGAAAUCUUCUGUGAUCUGA